UUUUGGAUGGGAAAUCUCUUUUUAUUUGACACAGUCGUCUGGGACAAGUAUUCGAAAACUGAAUUAAAAUGUGAGUUUGGAAGGUCAAGGCAAGGGCUUAGGUAAGAGCACCCAAAGAACAGCAAACAUCAGAAAACACCUGUGAGGUAUGCAAACAGAAAACAGAACUGAUAAUAACACAACGCGCCGAUUGCGUAGAGAGCGAUAUCCAGUUCAUCUCAGACUGCUGGCGGGGAAUGUCUUUGGCCUGGAUCAUUCUGCUCGGUCUUCUGAUCUCUGAGAGGAACACCUCUGGAGCCCUUGUCACCACAUCGCCGCACCAUCGUCUACGAGGCACACACCUUCCGGCGAUCAAGGUUCACGACGUUGCCCAACGAACAUCACGUCGGAUUGUGAGAAUUACCGGAUCGGAAAAAGCAUCUACAAGGCCCCCUAAAAUUCAGCAUGUUGAAGCAUUUAAUGACUCCGUUUCGACAUCGAACAGGUCGGAGUACAACAUGUGGCAGGUACUGAGAGUCGAUGGAAAAACCAACCUCUACAUACUAUUCUUCACCAUUUACAUCAGCUACCUGGUGUAUGUGUUAUUCUAAGUCGAUAUAUUGUUUAAUUAAAGUCGUAGUCUCAAAGAGAGUUAGGUGUUUUUUGUCAAAUAUACCGGUCUCCUAAUAAGCAAAAGGUAGAACAAAAACUUAGCCACGCUUUUUGGUUGGU